AGUCAUUCUUCACUUAAUAGAAGCUGUCUAGCUUCUCGUUCGUUCUUUUGGUCAGCCGAAUCAACUAGCCAGUUGAAGCUGAAUCCAUAGAUCUGAAGUCUGUAGGUACUUCUUUUGCUCCGUCGUCUCUCUCUAUUUCUCUCCCUCUAGCUAGUGUCUACUACACACACACGCACAAGGGGCCGGGUUAGGUUUAUAAUUUUUAUCAUGCCCGAAGAAGUUCAAUACUAUAUGGUUACGUUCUCCGGGUCUUUUUUAGUUUCUCCGGUGAUAUAUGGUUUUCGUUUUCGUGUUUCGAAGAUGCUUUUUGUUUGUGAAAAGAAAAAGCCCCAUGUUCACGGAGUAAUUUGAUAGAGCAUACUAAAUUUCUACUAAUUAAAUUUACACUCUAUCUAUUCCUUAUUAUUUGAGCUCUUCAACAUUGUCAACUGGUCAACCCUUUGAUAUCUUUGAAUUUGCAUUUUAGCUUUAACAGAACUUUUAGAAAUUAGUACGAAGCAUAUGAUCAAGAGAGUACUCCCUCCGUUUCCAAAAGAAAGUCAUGGAUUGACUUCACGAUUAUUAAGGAAAUAAAUUGACUUUACUGUAGACACUGUUUGGCACUGUUUGACACUGUUUGACAUUGUUUGGACGUAAAUUUCUUUGCGAAAUAAGGAAAUAAGAGAAGUGUAACUUUGUUUUUGAAACUUCUCAAAAAGGAAAGUGUGAGUUUCUUUUAGAAACGGAGGGAGUAUUAUCUCUAUCUCUACAAACUAAUAAAGGUGAAUGGAAGUUGACCUGUAUUGGGUAUAUAGAUUUUUUGUUGGUAGUCCUAUGAGCUGUUUUGACAUGUACAUUAUGCUUAAAUGUUGGUAAACUUUGCAAUUAGUCUACCUUAUAUCUCCCGUACAUUGUUCGGACUCCGCUACCUCCGUUAUUACCCUUCCCCCCACCUGCCCAACUUUAGCCGCAUACGCUGAGCCGCACAAGCAGGUUCCUUCUCUUGCUCCAUCUCUAUCCUCAAGUAUAUCUCCGUGAAGCUUGAAGACAACGCCGCCACAAUUCAGUGUCCUGCUCUCGAUUGCUCCGAAUUUCUUGACCCGAUUUCAUGCCGGACCCUACUUGCACCCCAGCUGUUUGUGAAAUGGUGCGACGUGCUUUGUGAGGCCACAGUGCUGGAAUUGGACCGCUGUUACUGCCCCAACCGUGACUGCUCCACACUGAUCGUCAACGAGUGCGGCGGGAAUGUGAGGCGCUCCAACUGCCCCAAUUGCAAGAGGCUGUUUUGCUUCCACUGCAAGCUUCCUUGGCACGCCGGCUUCCGUUGCGAGGAAAGCCGGGAACUGAGGGAUGUAAACGACGUAGCUUUCGGUGUGCUUGCUGAGCAGAGAAGGUGGUCGCGCUGCCCUAGGUGCCUUCAUUUCGUCGAACGCAUCGAAGGCUGCAAAAUUAUUCAUUGCAGGUCCUCUCCUCUGCAGUGCGGGUUAUGGAAUUCCAAUUGGCGCGCCCCAACCUCGAUCGUUCCCUCCCAUGGCCCUAUAAUUGCAUCUUAUUCAAUUGGAAGAGGAUUUUCCUCCCCUGCGCUCACUUUCCCGGGAAGGCCUAUUUGGAUCAAAGGCACAAUCACUUUGGUUUUAGAAAACUAUACCCUCUGGUAUGUUGCUUGUAGCCAUUGUGCCAAAUUAAAAUACGUUGGUUGUGACGCAAUAUUUCAUUGCAUGAAUUGCGGUCAACAACAUGCUUAUGGCAUUCCAAGGGCCAAAUUACAUGUCACAAUUGAAGAUGAGACAGGAUCUGUCAGUGGAAUAAUGUUUGGCUUGUGCGCCGAAAAGUUAUUGCUUAUGACAAGCAGGCAAGUCAUGGAAAUAGAAUCACAGAUUUCGACAGUCACUCCUCCCGCGUGCGCCAUAUUUUAAGGUUUCCGGACAUUUCUUGCUGCCGGCGCUGCCCUACCUCGACAUCCAGUUGCUCACCUCACAUUCUAGCCAUGGUUCAUGGCAUCCUCAUGGCCACCGCACUAAAAAGAUCAUUGUCUAUGUAUUGUAAAGGUCAAUGGCUUAACAAGGGGUGGGAUCACGGGGCGUUGUUUAGCGUCCGACUGAAGCGUAAUUUAUCUGUAUCUAUUGGCGAAGACUGCACCAUUCGAAAAGAAGAAUAAAAAGAAGCAUAACAAGCAGAGACAUCAGAAAGAGGAGAAAAUUUCCCACGAUAAGCUUUCUCACUGUGUCUGUGAAAGCUUUUCUUUUUGUCGAUGAACAUCGAUUCAUAGACAAUGUUUUGCACAAACAAAAUAUUGUCUGUGAACUGAAUUCACAGACAAAAAAAAGCUUCACAAACAUGGUGUGUAUAAGGUGUGUACAAUGGUGUGUAUAUCAAGCAUGGUUGGAAUAUGAAUUGGCUGAUGAUUCAAAUACUACUGCCACAGUACAAGUAGAUGAGCAUCAAGCUACCUCAAAUACUGCUGCUAUUAAUGGGAUUAAUAGCGAAGAGAGAGAUGCAGUAGUCCAUAAAGCCAUAGAGAACGGAAUAUCAUCACACAUUAUACUUGAUGCUACCACAAUUCAUCAGUCAGAAAAGGAUAUUGCCAUAUCUCAGAAAGAGGAACCAUUAGGGAACAAGGGCUUAACAAGGGGUGGGAUCUCGGGGCGUUGUUUAGCGUCCGACUGAAGCGUGAUUUAUCUGUAUCCAUUGGCGAAGACUCAGCACCAUUCGUAAAGAAGAAUAAAAAGAAGAAGCAUAACAAACAGAGACAUCAGAAAGAAGAGAAAAUUUCCCACGAUAAGGAUGGAGCUAAGCUCUGCUGCUCUGGGCUAUGACUUCAAGUUGACACCAUUCAAAAAUAUAUAUUUAUACACAUGCGUAUAUAAAUUGAAGUGCUUAAAACUGACACCACAUGUAUUGUAGAAGUGAGGUCGAUAUAGAAACCCUACUCCUCUAACUCGCUUUUUUUUCCAGAGUAAACCACAUCACAUUAAUUUAAUAAAUCGUUUGCCAAAAGGCUUACAAUGAUAACGGGUGGGUAAUCAAAAUUAACAUGACUAUUGACUAUGAGAGAGAAAAAGUCCCUUUAGUGAGGGUAUGAACUACUCUAUUAGCCCUUCUCAUGCACCAUUUAAUGGUUCUAUCGACAUCCUUUCUUAAUAAGAAUCGAAUAUCGUCAAAAAUAACCCCCACUUGGGCAUCAUUUGGCUCCUCCACUAUACCUGAAUUAACCAUUGCCAAAUCAGUCUCAAUAAUUACGUUGUUCCAACCUUUUUCUUUCGCCCAUAAAAUAGCCUCUCUCACUCCCAAGGCUUUUGCUCCCACAGGCUUCCGCAUAGCAUUUUACUUGCCACAUCUAGCUUUCAUAAAAUGGCCGCUGCUAUCUCGACAUAUCCAUCUCCAUGCCCAAUAACCAAUCCGGAUAUUCUUUGCUGCGUCGACAUUUAUCUUGACCCAAUUCUCUUCGGGUGUCCUCCAACUUGCGCCUUUUCUUGAGCAGCUCUCCAGAAAGGUUAGGGGGUGUUUGGAUCUGAUUGUCAAAACCGAUUCUGCUGCUUCAGGGAGCAGAAGGAGCAGAAGCAGAAGCUGGAGUGUUUGGGUGAAAUUCCAGAAGCACUUCUGGUGCUCUAAUUUAAUCUCAGAAUCAGUUUUUUUAGAAGCUGGUAGGUACCAGCUUCUGAAAACUGAUUCUGAUUCUGCUUCUACUUUAAAAAAGAAGCAGAAGCAGAAUCAGUUCCAAACACCCCCUUAGUACCGUAACAGAGAGCUUCGUACCCCUUCCAUAGAAAAAGUCUAACCUCUCCACACAAUUUUGUUUCGCAUUUUCUAAAUACUCCACAAAAGCAUGACUAAUUUACAUAAAACUCUCCUCCGCCAGGCUACUAAAGGCCUUCUGCCAACACCCUGUGACUGAGUCCUCCCUCAACACGGAUAAAAACCCUGCUUCUUCCCAUAAUUAAUCCAUCGGACAGGAGAAAAACAUUCAUGGCAUAAGUCGGAAGGACCUGUAUAAUUGUCUUCAACAAUAUUUCUCUUUCGGCUCUAGAGAGAAAUUUAUUUUUCCAACUUUGCAGACGCUUAAUUAUCCUUUCUUUUAGGAAGGCCAAAAUAUCUUUUUUCUAUCAUCCAAUGAGAGCCAAAAGACCUAGAUAAUUCCGGUUUCAACCUCCUUAUCCACGCCCAAUAAACUACUGAGCUCUUCACGCUUCCAAUCCUUCACAUUUGCCUUAUUGAGCUUCAUACUGUUCCAGAAUUAUUUGUUUGACAACCUGACCUUCUUUCUUUGCGAGCUCUAAAGAAUAAAAAAUUGUCAUCCGCAAACAAUAAAUGAGAAAUGUUAGAAGCUUUCCUCGCAAAUGUUAUUCCCUUUAGUCGACUGAGAGCCUCUUGUUUACGAAUCAAUGAACUCAACCCCUCUUUAACAAUAAUAAACAAAUAGGGCAACAAAAGAUCUCCCUGCCCUAGACCUCGUUUUGGAACAAUUGGCCUGAUCACCGAAUUAUCAAAAGGCAAAAAUACGAUACUGAUGAUAUACGUUCCCCAAUUAAGUCGAUCCAUUUCACUUUAAAACCCAUGAUCUCUAUUACCCUUUGUAAGAAAUUCCAUUCUACUAUAUCGUAAGUCUUGCUCAUAUCUAACUUUAGGGCUGCAAAUCCUUCGCACCUACACCUACACCUCCUACUAUUUGAGGUACAACGGUAAUAGACACGUCUCUGACUACUCAUGCAUCGCCUCAAUAAAUAUCUCUAGGUUCAUCUCUUCUUACCUCACACAUAUAAUUUAUCCUCUCAUCACCAACCAACCCAUCACACCUACACCCACACCGCCAAAAGUCAUCACCUACCAAUACCGAUCUAAGCAAAAACAUGUUGGGUGACCCCCUCAUCCACCACACGCCACUGCCCAAACUAGUACUACAAAUAUAAUGCUCUCGACUCAACCGGUCAACCACAUGCUUAACCUAACUCUUCACCCAAACGUACCAAUUCAAUGACUCUUUGACCAAAAACAAGCCAAGCUUGUUUCUCAUUCCCGUUUACCUCAUUGCAUUGUUCCCAUUAGUGCUUUUCAAGCCUUACAAGUACCAAUGGCUGAGUGCUAUGCUAACAGAAUUUAAUACCCUGGUUUGACAGGGCACUUCAGCUCUCACCCCCUCCUUGUUGAAUAUUGUCAGUUGUAAAUGAUUCUAUAUGGUGAAGUAUAAAUCAAAUGUUUCCUUGAAUCUAUGUAAUGCUCGAUUGGUGGCUAAAUGACUUUCAUUAGUGACCAAGAAUUGAGAAUUCUGACACUUUUAGUCUAAUCACUCAACAAGUCUAAUGAGAACUAGAAAAAUAAAAAUCAACGGGGUAAACCGGGGUAAACCGUUGCCCAGAUAAUCAACGAUAAAAAUACUGUUGCCCAGAGCCAAAAGGUUAAAACCAAUUUUAUUCUAAGAUGCCAAAGAAUGAAUCCUAACAAGGGGUUUAAAUACCCAUCUACUAACUCUUAAACUAGGAAACAAAAUCCUAGAAAUUCUAAUCAACUCCAACUAGGAAACAGAAUAAUAGAAAUCCUAAUUAACUCCUAAUAGGUAACAAAUAUUAGAAAUCCUAAUUAACUGCAAAUAAGAAUCAAAUCAGGAAAAUUAAAUAGAAUAAAUAUAAAUUAAACAGCCCGCAACCAUCCCACGAAGGUGGGCUCAAGCCCGUCCCCGCCUUCAGUAAACCCAUGAGGCUUUUGCCCCUCUUCUUCCAAGCCCAGAUUCUGCUUCAUAUCAUAGUCGCAAUUAGAGGCUCUGAGCAUUGCUCUCUCAUGGCUAGUUAGUCAAUCGAUUAGAUGUAAAUAAUGCAUUCUUACAUGAUAGGGACCCGGGCACUACAAAUAAUAAGAGUCUUAUCAAGUAUGGUACUCAAUCGACUGAACAUGGAGCAACGGAUGGACAGUUUGGAGCGAUCAUUCUUCCAAUAAUAAGGUUCUAGGCCCAAUAACUUAAGUGAGGGCUGGCCCUUUUAGUGAGUUUUAUUAUAAAAGGGGUAGGGGAAAGAAUAACGCAGAUGUGAGGCCACUCGAAGAGUCUCGACCAUUUCUAACGUUUUUCUGUAUUCCAGCCUUAAAUCUUCAUUAAUAUACUACGUUAUCUACUGGACUUCUAUCGUUGCCUUAUCAUUUGGUAUCAAAGCCACCCUGUGUAUGGUACUCAAUCGACUGAACAUGGAGCAACGGAUGGACAGUUUGGAGCGAUCAUUUGAACGAUCAAAGGAAGAGAUGCGAACGGAGUUAGGAGCGAUGGACGAGAAAUUGCAGCUGCUGUUGGAGAAGAUGCAAAAUCUCGAGACCCAGGGUAAUCGCAGGAGAACUCGAGGACGCUCUACUACUCCGCGCAACCACCAUCCGUCUGGUAGUGUGCAUGUCUCCUGCUCUGGAGGGGGAGCCACAUGAAUCUCGUUCCGUUUCUCGAACUCCUCAUCAUUUGAGGAUCGGCGAACCUGUUUACACAGGUACGAAGGUGGAUUUACCUCUAUUUGACGGUGAGGAUGCUUAUGGAUGGCUAAUUCGGGUGGAACGCUAUUUUAAGCUAAACCAAGUAUCUGAUAAUGACAAGGUGGAGGUUGUUUUGAUCGCCAUGGCCGAUAAAGCUUUGAACUGGUAUCAAUGGUGGGAGGAAAAGACAUCAGACCAUUCUUGGGUUAACUUCAAAGUGGCGUUGAUCAGGCGUUUCCAGCCAGCCUUAGUACAAAACCCGUUUGGCCCUAUGCUCAGUGUUAAGCAAACAUCAUUGGUAAUGGAGUAUAGAGACCUUUUUGAGAGGGUUGUUGCUCCUCUCAAACUUACUGACCAAGAGCUGUUAUUAAAAGGGGUAUUUCUCAAGGGUCUCAGAGCGGAGAUUAGUGCGGAAUUGAAAUUACACCAGACCAGUGGGUUAACUAAACUAAUGGACAUGGCCUUGUUGUUGGAGCAGAAGACGACACAGGAGGGAAGAACACCUGCUCCGGAGAGAACACUCUCAGAGAACAAACGGGAGGAAUCGCCAAAACCGAACAAGACAUGGGAAAGUGGCGAAAGGUUGACACAAGCGGAAUUAGAAGAAAGAAGCAAGAAGGGCCUAUGCUUCAAAUGUGGAAACAAAUGGGGCAAAGAGCAUGUAUGUGGAAUGAAAAAUUAUUAAUUUAUCUUGAUGGAAGAGCCAAAAGAAGCAAAAGGGAACAGAAGAUCAGUUAUAUGAAUGGGAUGAAGCUGAAAACCUGCUGAAACCCAAUGGAAAAUCAGUCUCUUAUCAUCCACGUUGAGGACAAGGUGGAAGUUCGGGGGGAGUGAUGAUAGGGACCUGGCACUACAAAUAAUUAGAGUCUUAUUAAGUAUUUUAAUGUCUUCCAAUAAUAGGGUUCUAGGCCCAAUAACUUAAGUGAGGGCUGGCCCUUUUAGUGAGUUUUAUUAUAAAAGGGGGGUAGGGGAAAGAAUAACGCAGGCAGAAAUUUGGGAUUGGGACUGGGAAACUGGGAGUGUGAGGCCACUCGAAUAGUCUCAACCUUUUCUUACGUUUUUCUGUAUUCCAGCCUUAAAUCUUCAUUAAUAUACUACGUUAUCUACUGGACUUCUAUCGUUACUGUGAACAAGUAUUGUUGUAUUUCAUAUACUUGAUGUCUAAAAAACUAUACAAGAAGCUAUAUUUAUAGCUAUAUUUAGAGUACUAGGGUUUCCUAUACAAAUGGGCUAAGCCCAAUACUACUAGGGUUUCCACACUCCCCUUCAAGCUGGAGCAUAUAAAUCAUAUGUACCAAGCUUGUUACAAAUAUAUUCCACUCUAGGACCUCUAAGAGACUUAGUUAAAAUAUCUGCAAGUUGUUCGGGUGUGUUCAUAUAUUUUGUGAUGAUAUGUCCACUCGCGAUCUUCUCUCGGAUAAAAUGGCAAUCAACUUCAAAAUGUUUUGUCCCCUCAUGAUAUACCGGAUUCGAUACGAUGUGCAUUGCAGCUUGAUUAUCACACAUGAGUUGAACCGGUUUUGUGUGCCCAUAUUUUAACUCUUGGAGGAGAUGCUUCAACCAUAAGAUUUCACAUGUAGCAAGGGCCAUUGCACGAUAUUCUGCUUCAGCACUAGAUCUGGCAACCACAUCCUGUUUCUUACUUUUCCAUGAAAUUAAGUUUCCACCAAUCAAGAUGCAAUACCCCGAAGUGGAACGUCUAUCCAUCGGACAUCCGGCCCAGGCUUCAUCACAGUAUCCCAAAAUAUCAUGGUGGCCUCGAUCUUCAAACAACAAUCCUUGCCCUAGAGUUUUCUUGAUGUAUCUCAAAACUCGGAUAGCUGCAUCCCAGUGUCCAGUACAUGGCUUAUCAAGAAACUGACUAAGAACACUUGCCGCAAAUGAAAUAUUUGGUCUUGUGAUGGUAAGAUAAUUCAAUUUGCCGAUGAGUCUUCUAUAUUUUUCUUUGUUGGGCAAAAGAUCUCCUUGUUCUGAUAAGAGUUUAACGUUUGGAUCCAUUGGUGUAUCCACUGGCCUGCAAUCUAGCAAACCCGUUUCCUCAAGAAUAUCCAAGGCAUACUUUCUUUGUGAGAGAGUAAUUCCAUCUUGAGACUGUGCGACCUCAAUGCCAAGGAAGUAUCUCAAUUUUCCCAAGUCUUUUGUUUGAAAUUUGCUAAAUACAUUUGUUGCCAGCAGAAUGUCUGUAGAAUAUAGAAUGAUCGACAUCACUUCGAAUCAUGCCAAAGUUGCAGACAACGUCACUAAACCUCCCAAACCAUGCACGUGGAGAUUGCUUCAAGCCAUAUAAUGAACGACGUAAUCUGCACACCAUACCAGACUCCCCCUGAGCAACAAAUCCAGGUGGUUGCUCCAUAUAAACUUCCUCGUGCAGAUCUCCGUGAAGGAAUGCGUUUUUAAUAUCCAAUUGGAACAAUGGCCAGUGGCUCAUUGCUGCCAUGGAUAAAAUAAAACGAACUGAUGUUAUCUUCGCUACAGGAGAAAAAGUGUCAGUGUAAUCCAAACCAUAUAUCUGAGUAUACCCUUUCGCCACAAGGCGUGCUUUAAAACGAUCAAUCUCCCCAUCAGGCCCAACUUUAACUGUGUAAAUCCACCGACAUCCCACCAUUGAUUUGCCAGUGGGAAGAGGGACUAAGUCCCACGUCCCACUAGAAUGAAGAGCCUCCAUCUCAGCCAACAUGGCUUUACGCCACUCCGGGUGUGCCAGUGCCUCAUGUGUGGUUUUAGGAAUGCAUAUAUGAGACAGGUGUGAAAUGAAAGCAUGGUAAGGGGUAGAGAGGCGGUGAUAACUCAAAAAGUUAUAUAUGGGAUGUGGAUUCAAUGUGGAACGCGUACCUUUUCGGAGGGCAAUGGGCAAAUCAUCCUGAGUGGUUUCAAGUGCUGGAGUAGGUGGUGGUGGUGAUGCAGGAUCCGUCGUAGGGGAAUCAACGGGCGUGGCCACGAUGGGCUCAAUGGGAGGAGGUCGAGGACGUCGAUGGUAUACCUGUAAUGGACGGUCUGACAUAGGAGGGAAGUUUGGGUGCUCAUCAGAUGGGGGGUUAAUGGGAGUCUCCUGAUGGAUGGGCCGGAGAUAUGAGGUGAAGUCCAAACAUGAUGGGGUAUCAACUGAAGAUAAUGGAUAAUAAAAGGACGACUCAAUGAAAGUGACAUCGGCUGAAAUAAAAUGUUUCUUAAGUAUUGGAGAAUAACAACGAUAACCCUUUUGGAGUCGCGAAUAUCCAAGAAAAAUACAUUUUAUUGACCUAGCCGACAUUUUAGCUAAUCCAGGUGUCGUAUCAUGGACAAAACACACACACCCAAACAUAUGAGGUGGUAAUGGAAAUAAAUCACGAGCAGGAAACAAAAUAGAAUAGGGAAUUUCAUUAUUAAGAACUGAGGAGGGCAUUCUAUUUAUUAAAUGACACACAGUGAGCACAACAUCUGCCCAAUACUGAGGCGGUGUAUGGGAAUGUAAUAAUAGGGUACGAGCGGUAUCAACCAAGUGUCGGUUCUUGCGUUCAGCAACCCCAUUUUGUUGAGGCGUGUGAACACAAGAUGAUUGGUGAAGCAUACCCCGUGAUGUCAUGAAUUGAUUAAUGGGUGCUGCAAAAAAAUCUUUUGCAUUGUCACUGCGUAAAAUUUUGAUAGAAUGACCAAACUGAGUGCGAAUUUCAGCACAAAAAUUUUGAAAAAUAUGAAAUAAUUCAAAACGAUCUUUCAUUAAAAACAACCAUGUGUAACGAGAAAAAUCGUCCACAAAAAUAACAAAAUACGAAAUCCUAAAGUAGAAGUGACUCUGUAAGGACCCCAUACAUCUGUAUGAAUUAAAUCAAAGGGGGACGCAGCCCGUUUAUUGACCUGUCUUGGAAAGGAUUUACGAGGUUGCUUUCCAAGAUGACAUGACUCACACUCUAAAGAUGAAAGACUUUGAGAAACCUGGAACCAGACGUCGAAACUUUGAGAGGCUAGGAUGACCCAAACGAUUAUGUAAGGUAAUGGCAUGAUCAACCGACACACAAGCAAUUGGAUCAGGAGGAUGAAGAUGAUACAAGCCUUGAGAUUCAUGUCCGACGCCAAUCGUUUUCCCCGUACAACGGUCCUGCACAAUCACAGAAUCAGCAAAAAAGGUUAUAGAACAAUUAAGAGCAUGUGUAAUUUUGCUAACAGAGACAAGGUUAAAAGGGCUAUUGGGAACAUAUAAGACUGAGUCUAAUGGUAAGGAAGAAAGUGGAAGUGCUUGCCCAAUACCCGUGGCCGAAGUUUGAAGGCCAUUAGCGAGAGUAAUUAACGGAAGAUGUUGAUGCUUGGUAAUACGGGAUAAAAGAUGGGGAUUACCAGAAAUAUGAUAUGAGGCACCGGAGUUAAGAAUCCAUGAGCUUGUGGUGUUUGAAACACAAGCGGUAGACGUACCAGGUGUAGAUUCAAGCAUGUGACUCGAUCUAAAUUUUUGAUAUGUUGCAUAUUCAGCUGGAGAUAGAACAACCGGAGAUGGAGGGAUCUGAGCAACAUUGGCUGAGCUAGGAGGUCUCCCAUGUAACUUCCAACACUUGUCUUUAGUAUGACCAAUCUUAUGGCUGUAGUCACACUUAGGAUGGUUUCGCCGCGGAUAUCCUUUGUGAUUUGCUCCAUCAGGACCUAAACCUUGGGAUGCAAGAAUGAUAGAGUCGCUAGAUCCUGAUUCAGCAGAUAUCGGGGCUGCGCGAAGAAUUCGAGCAAAAGCAUCUGUCAUAGUAGGAAUAGUGGAACUAGAGAGAAUCUGCUCUCGUAUUGAUAAUAGUUCUGGACGAAGGCCUGCCAAGGCGAAAACCAUAACCAAUUGUUGUCGUUGUUCAAGUUGUUUCUCUUUAUCUUCCGUGAUUGGCUGAAUGGUAUUAUACUCAAAUAGUAAAGCCUCAGCCCGUCCCAGAAAAUCUUGAAUAUCUGAAUCCUGUUGUUUGAGUGUGGCAAUUUUGGAGCCGAAAGAAAACAAACUUUGAAUAUCGUUCGUGUAAUUAGACUUGGCUUUUUCCCAAAUCUGUUUACACGUUCGAUAGGAUUGAUAUGUGAGAUGAAGUUUCGAAUCCGUUGAUUGCCACAAGACAUUGCACAACAGAGCAUCCAUAUUCUCCCAUUCGGUCUUCUUUUCUUGGACAGAAGUAGCAUCUUUAAUCAAGUGAUCAAUUUUUCCUUGACCUUUGAACCACAUCUCCACGGAAAUGGCCCAUGAUUGGUAAUUAGCACUUCCAAUUGAUCGAUCUGUAGUGAUAAUUGGAACAGAAGCAAACGAAGAAAAACCAGAAGACAUCUUUUUUUUCUUUUUCUUUCUUUCUUUUUUUUUUUAACAAGAGCAGCAAAAAGUUAAAUAUUUAAAAUAGUGCAACAAUAAUUAAUGUGAAGUAAAGCAGCGGUAAGAAUUCCUCAGGCAGCAGCAGUGAAGCCCGUAAGAAUUCCCAGGUAGGUUGAAGAACAGGACUGUAGCUACAAAGGCAUGAAGAAAACAGACCUCUAUCUUUCUGGGAGGUGCGGAAGAUUGCUGGCGGGCGGCGUAGGACACAGGACGACGGCGUUCACGGAUGUCGGUGGCGGCGGCAGUCGGCGGCGGCGGCGCGUGACUCGGUCGGCGGCGGCGUAACUUAUGCCGUUCUGGUCGCCGGAAAGUCAGGAACUUCCCGUGGUUGGAGGUGUCAACGCCAGAUAACUAGAAAGAGAAAGAUCUGAGAAAAUGUAAAACUGCAGUGCGGACUUUCAGCGGUGCGUGGCGGCGCGUGGCGGAUGCCACAAAAGAGACCUAUUCCAGAAAUUUACAUUUGGGAAGUAGGGAUGACACAAUAGUAUGAUUUAGAUCCAAAUACUUGAAAAGCAUGACCAAAUCCAGAGCAACAAGCCAUGGAUAGAGAUAUUUCCUCAAAGACAAUUGAUUUGGAAACAUAAAUCUGGAUAUUUGAUUUAACUUGUUGGCUACGUACAUACACCUUCCUCUCCUCUUCAAAGGUUGUGUUUUUGCGCUAAGAAGCCGGAGAAGGCGUGAACAAAUUAACGUUGGGUUAGUUUGAGCCUGAUGCUGAAGUAUUAAAACUUCAAGAAGUGUAGAUUUGUACCUUACUUUUAGUUUAAUCAGUUUUUUGUUCCAAAAAAUAAAACAAGGGUAUAUAUGUACCCACACUUAUAGUGCAAGGGUAUUUAUGUUCCUUUUCCCUAUUUUUUUAUACCUUCUCUUCAUUUUGUAUUGUUCAGAUCAGAAAUAUCUAACUUCUCAAGCAUUUAACAAAACUAAUGAUAAUUAUGAACUCAACAUGUGAUGUUCAAAACAUAAUUGCAACAUAUUCCUCUUAUUUAUGCCAUUUAGUUUCUUAAAUAGAGUUUAAUACUAAAAACCUUCCAUAACUAUAAAAUACGAAAAAUGCUUAAUGUCCAAUUAUGAUCGAUUAGCAGAUCAAUAUUUUUGAAAAGUUGCAGUUUCAUCAAUUAUGUACAUUUACACUUGAGUUUCAUGCCCUUUUGUGAAAGUGAUGUUCUUUAGCUUUUAUAUUUUACCUUUUCUUAGGGCUUAUUAUAGAUGUAUUGGUUAAUUAUUUGAUUUUUAUGGAACAACACAAUAGCUCUUGAACAUAAAAUUUUCCUUAUGAAAUUUCCAGACAUUGGUUAGUGUAUUGAUGCAAUUGUAUUUUUAGAAUAAAAAUACAAAACGAUUAUCACCCGUGCGUAUGCACGGGUACUAUACUAUCUCAUCUAAAAAUCUUCUCUAAAUCUUUUAGAAAGCACGUAAGUUCGAUUUCAGUUUUAGAAUUUCUUUGUUAACUUCAUGUGAGAUUAGUCCUUUGAAAUUCUUCCUUGUGGCAACAAUAGCACAUAGAUUUAAAUUCACUUUUAGAUGAUGUAGUGUCUCAAUUUUUAGUAGUAUCUUUCAAAUCUUAUUAUAACUAUUUUCAUUCUUUAAAAAUGUUUGUGCUUGUCUUUUGUAUGCUAAAACAGUCAGCAUCACACUUUUGGAAUAAUUUUCAAAAUCUAAGAGCCUUGGGAAGUGGAUCGUUCGGCAGAGUGGUAUUGUGUAUAAACAAUUGGGACAGGAACAAAUAUGCAAUUAAAGUGGUUAAGGAUUACACCUCACUGGAAGAGGCGUCUCAGGAAGCUAGGGUGAUGUCUAAACUUCAUCACCCUUUCAUCACACGCUAUAAUAUGGCAUGGGUUGAAAAGAAUAUGAUGAAGAGUUCGAUGGUUAACUAUGAUGAAUCUCCAACACCCUGCUUGUUCAUACUUCAAGAAUAUUGUGCAGAGUAAAAAGCUUUUUAAAAAACUUUUUAACCUUUGUGUGUGAUUGAGUUAGUGAAUUAUUAUUUGCACUAAUUAUUUUGUUGGAUGUAGAGAUUUGAGGGCAGUUCUCCAAAAAAGAAAGAGAAUUUUAUCAAGAG